GCCCCCUUGUGGUUCGAUUUUUUUUAAUUUUCCAGAGCGUUUUACAGGGUUUAACGCGGUUACGGUUUCUGCAUAACAUACCUGUCGCCCGUUUUUCUCGCUCCUGCCGUUUAUAGCCUGGCCGACUUUCACUUUCUCCUCAGUCACCAACACCACUACGCACUGGGACGAGACGUCACCAAGGGCAGACAGCAGAAGCAAUGGUUGUUUAAAUCAUCCCGUCCUUCCUGGUUUUGUGCAUCGUCUCUUAUUGAUAUCCCCGGAAUAUCGCCUAAAUAUCGAGAAGCACCCCGGGCAUACGACAUUCCCAAAACUGUCUGCGCCGCGCCCUGGUGCACACGGCUUCUAAGCGAGACAAUCCCACCCAAGACAUUUUUUAAGCGAUAGCCCAAUAUGGUCGACAACGUACCGAGUGGUUCGGCAGACACGCCGGGCGGUGCAUCUACAGCCCGCGAAUCGAUAGCUUCCUCCGACAACCAGGACCAAGAUGGCAAGCACGGUGUGUCUGUCUCCAGAGCGGAAGCAGAGUUUGCCCACUUGCAACGGGAACUCUCGAAUGUUAGUCGACGCAACAGCAAACAGCAUGGCGAUCUGGAAAAGAUCGUCCCCGUAGCCUCCAACGUGCGUUCAGAGGCUGCCUUUGAUCUCGAGGCUGCCCUGCGCGGAGACCUCGACGCUGAAGUCCAAGCUGGCAUUCACUCCAAACACAUUGGCGCCUACUGGGAUAAAUUGACUGUCAAGGGCGUUGGAGGUACUGCCAAUUAUGUCGAGACCUUCCCCAACGCCUUCAUCAACUUCUUUGACGUUGUCACUCCUGUCAUCAAGUGGUUGGGCCUUGGUCUAAAGCCUGCAGAGGCUACCCUCCUCGAUGAAUUCCAAGGCGUCUGUCAGCCUGGAGAGAUGAUUCUUGUCCUUGGCAAGCCAGGUUCGGGAUGCACAACCUUUCUCAAAACAAUCGCCAACCAGAGAUAUGGAUACACUAGCGUCACCGGCGACGUUCGAUACGGUCCCUGGACCGCCAAAGAAUUCAACAGAUACCGUUCGGAGGCUGUUUACAACGGCGAAGACGACAUCCAUCACCCUACUCUCACGGUAGAGCAGACUCUAGGUUUCGCACUGGAUACAAAGAUGGCUGCCAAGCGCCCUGGCAAUAUGACCAAGACCGCGUUCAAGGAGCACGUCAUCAACACAUUGUUAAAAAUGUUCAACAUUGUGCACACUCGAAACACGGUUGUUGGCGAUCACUUUGUGCGAGGCAUCUCAGGCGGCGAACGAAAGCGAGUCUCCAUUGCCGAAAUGAUGAUUACCAACGCUUGCAUCCUGUCGUGGGAUAACAGCACUCGUGGACUCGACGCGAGUACUGCACUAGACUUUGCAAAGUCACUGCGCAUCCAGACCAAUCUGUACAAAACCACUACUUUCGUCUCUCUUUAUCAAGCCUCGGAAAAUAUCUACAAACUGUUUGAUAAGGUGCUGGUUAUCGACCAGGGUCGUCAAGUCUUCUUUGGCAAAACAACUGAGGCUCGCGCAUACUUUGAAAGUCUUGGAUUUGCUCCCCGGCCUCGCCAAACGACACCCGAUUAUGUUACUGGCUGUACCGAUGAAUUCGAAAGACAGUAUGCUGAUGGUCAUUCUGAGCAGAAUUCUCCAAGCAGUCCCGAGUCGCUUGCCGCAGCCUUCCGAAGCUCCACGUUUCAAACACAGUUGGAUAAAGAAAUGGCCGAUUACAAGAAUGGCCUCGAGAAGCAGAAAGAGGCCCAUGACGACUUUGUUACGGCUUUCAAGGAAGGCAAACGUGGAACAUCUAGACGCUCCGUUUAUCAGGUCGGCUUCCACUUGCAGGUAUGGGCCCUAAUGAAACGCCAGUUCAUCUUAAAACUCCAGGAUCGCUUCAACUUGACCCUUUCCUGGAUCCGAAGCAUUAUCAUCGCAAUUGUCCUCGGCACUUUAUACCUGAACCUGGGCAAGAAUUCUGCAAGUGCCUUCAGCAAGGGUGGUUUGCUCUUCGUCUCGCUCCUAUUCAACGCCUUUGAAGCAUUUGCCGAACUUGGUAGCACUAUGACCGGCCGUGCUAUUGUCAACAAGCACAGGGCUUACGCAUUCCAUCGGCCUUCUGCCCUAUGGAUUGGUCAGGUAUUUGUCGAUCAAGCAUUUGCCGCGUCUCGAAUCUUGGUAUUUUCCAUCAUUGUCUACUUCAUGACGGGUCUUGUCCGUGAUGCAGGUGCAUUUUUCACCUUCUAUCUCAUGAUUCUGUCGGGUAAUAUAGCCAUGACCCUUUUCUUCCGCAUCAUUGGAUGUGUCAGCCCUGACUUUAACACGGCCAUCAAGUUUGCUGUGCUGCUCAUCAGUUUCCUCAUUACAACCUCCGGAUACCUGAUACAGUAUCAAUCAGAGCACGUCUGGCUGCGCUGGAUCUUCUGGGUCAACGUUUUGGGUCUCAUCUUCAGUGCUCUCAUGCAAAAUGAAUUCAGUCGUAUCGACAUGACUUGCACAGCCGAUUCUCUGAUUCCCUCAGGACCGACGUACAACGACAUCCAACACCAAGUGUGCACUCUGGCCGGUUCCACGCCAGGUACUACAUUUGUUUCGGGCGAUGCCUACCUGUACCAAGGUUAUUCUUACUCAAAGGGUGAUCUUUGGCGCAAUUGGGGCAUUGUCAUCGUUCUCAUUUUCUUCUUCCUCGCCCUAAACGUCGCUUUGGGAGAAGUCAUCAAGUACGGCAUGGGUGGUAACUCGUUCAAGGUGUACGCCAAGCCUACCAAGGAAUUAACGGAACUGAAUGAGAAACUCAAGGAACGCAAAGAAGCGCGACGCAAGGACCGUUCAAACGAAGCUGGCUCAGACAUCAGGAUGGAAUCAGAAAGUAUCCUUACUUGGGAAAACCUCAAUUACGAUGUCCCGGUUCCUGGAGGUACAAGACGUCUUCUCAAUCACGUUGAUGGCUAUGUUAAGCCUGGUGAGCUGACAGCUCUGAUGGGUGCUUCGGGAGCAGGAAAGACUACUCUCCUCGAUGUUCUAGCUGCACGAAAGAAUAUUGGUGUCAUCACGGGUGAUAUCCUCGUUGAUGGCUUCAAACCAGGCAAGCAAUUCCAGCGCUCGACAUCCUACGCCGAACAGCUUGAUCUUCACGAACCUACGCAAACCGUUCGCGAAGCUUUGAGGUUCUCCGCUGAUCUCAGACAACGCUUUGGUACACCAGUAGAGGAGCGAUAUGCUUAUGUCGAAGAAAUCAUUGCCCUUCUGGAGAUGGAAUCCAUUGCUGAUUGCAUCAUUGGCACCCGUGAGGAUGGUCUCACUGUUGAGCAGAGCAAGCGCGUUACCAUUGGUGUCGAGCUUGCUGCCAAACCGGAAUUGCUGCUUUUCCUUGAUGAACCUACCUCUGGUCUCGACAGCCAGAGUGCUUACAAUAUUGUUCGCUUCCUCAAGAAACUUGCUGCUGCUGGCCAGGCUAUUCUUUGCACCAUUCAUCAGCCCAAUGCCGCCUUGUUUGAUCAUUUUGAUCGACUACUUCUGCUGCAGCACGGUGGUCGUACAGUCUAUUUUGGCGACGUUGGUGAGGAUGCCAGCAUUCUCCGUGACUACUUUAAACGCCAUGGCGCCGAGGCCCUUCCUACCGACAACGUUGCCGAGUUUAUGCUCGAGGCUAUUGGAGCCGGUAGCACGCCUCGCAUUGGCGACCGGGACUGGGCCGACUUGUGGGAUGAAAGCCCCGAGUGUGCCGCCGCAAAGGUGUCUAUUCGUCAAUUACGAGAGUCUAGACAUGCUGUCUCUUCCUCAACUGCGACACGAGAUGAAAAGGAGUAUGCGUCGCCCAUGACCCAUCAGCUAAAGGUCGUAUGUCGCCGCAUGUUCCGCUCGUACUGGCGCUCCCCCAACUACCUCUUUACUCGCCUCUUCAACCACGUUGUUGUUGCACUUAUCAAUGGUCUCACGUACUUGAAUCUUGACGACUCGCGCUCCUCACUACAGUACAAGGUCUUCAUCAUGUUCCAAGUUACAGUUUUGCCGCCCCUGAUUAUCAGCCAAGUCGAAAUCAUGUUCCACAUCAAGCGCGCUCUCUUCUUCCGCGAGGCUUCUGCCAAGAUGUACUCACCAUUGACCUUUGCAAGCGCUAUUGUGCUCGCUGAGAUGCCGUACUCGAUUCUUUGCGCCGUGUUUUUCUUCCUGCCGCUGUACUUUAUCCCUGGUCUGCAGCACGAACCGUCUCGGGCUGGUUAUCAAUUCCUCAUUGUGCUCAUCACUGAGAUCUUCUCUAUAACUCUUGGUCAGGGUCUUGCGGCUCUCACCCCAUCGACUCGCAUUUCGUCACAGUUCGACCCAUUCAUCAUCAUUGUCUUUGCGCUAUUUUGUGGUGUAACAAUUCCUCCCCCGCAGAUGCCCAAGUUCUUCAGUUCAUGGCUCUACCAACUGAACCCCUUCACCCGCCUCAUUGCUGGCAUGGUGACGACGGCUCUACAUGAGCUUCCUGUCAAAUGUACACCGAGCGAGUUUAAUCGCUUCACAAGCCCCAACGGCACUACUUGCGGCGACUACAUGAUGGACUUUUUCGCCAGCGGCGGCCCUGGCUACCUAGCUGAUAACAGUACGCAGGACUGCUCCUACUGUGCUUAUAAGAUUGGCGACGAGUUUUAUAACCGCCUGGGCAUGACGUUUAACAAUAGGUGGCGCGACAUGGGUAUCUAUGCCGUGUACAUUCUAAGCAACUUGGCUAUUAUUUUCCUUGGUAGUCGAUUCCUCAACUUUAACAGACGCUAAAAGUUUACGAUAUAAAAGCCGUCAUUUUUACAAUAGAUUGUGCAUCUCAUUUACAUUUGUUUAUUUCAUUUUUUGGUCUAUCUACCUCGUUUCCUAUUCAUUUUACAUACAAUGCAUUAUAGCACGCAUGUAACUGCGUAAUAAAAGAUUGACACUUUCAAAAAACAAAAUGCGUAUACCUUGAACGUUACAUUCUCUGUUGCCAAUAAUCCCUCGCAUAGCCUGCCGUAGCAUGAAACAAUAAACCCCUCUCGCCUACCUCGUGCCCCAAGCCAUCGGUUCGGUCCAUGUAAGCCCCGACCAUUCAGAAAAAAUCUGCUAAAGUGGCUGCAGCAAUCACCUGCAUAACCACCGUACAGCCUCCUUAUUCCACUUAGCUUAUGGCCUGGGUAGCCAAACCAAAACAUGCAAGCCACUCCUGAAAAGCCCAGAUGCUUCCCCGGUCUGACCACACAUGCGCCCCGAACAGUGAGCGAACGGCGCCGUGUUCCUGGAGGCUGCCUUCUUUUCCAUGACGCUAUUGAGAAGUUAAAACUAGAAGCCAUUUACACGCCCCCUCUAUCAUUCCGGCUUGCCUUUCUUCCACCUUUUGCGACGAGCGCUAAAGGGGAAAAAAGCAAACUCCCUCUACCCAGCCGCAAAAGAAAGUAAGACAAUGGCUCAAUCAAGCCUCUUUUCUCACUCACUUUGUGUUCCCAAAAACGAGAGAGAAGGGAGGAGAGGGGGCUCGGCCGGGCAGAUCCUGUCUCGGCGCGACUUGACAUCACAAGGGCGACAUGACAUGGGCUUUAAACGGUGUGUAGGGCUGUCUGUGACGCGACCAGGACGCGUUUCUCAUUUCGCAACGGCUGGCGGAAGAGAAAAAAGGUAAACUAGACAGGUUACAGCCUGGCCGAUUGUUUAGAGACGAGGGAUCAUCAGGGUCCUGGAGCCCCCCGACAGCUUGGAUGCGACUUUGUUUUGGGGGAGAUCGAAUGACAUUCCAGAGGCGUGUGCAUUUCAUGUAUGCGCGGCACUUUGAUACAAAUUAAUAGCAGGAGAGAGAGAACAAAGAGGUAUAUAGAAAGAUUGCAUUAAUGGGUGUCCAAAUCGAAAAGCAGAAACAAAAAAAGUCUAUACAAAAAUAAACCAAAAAGCAACAUUCAAGAUGGAGGAGCCUCAUUGUCGGCAUCAGCCAGCAAAAGACUUUCCAUCUGGGUAUCAUGCGCGGUAUCGGUAAACAGAAGCAAAUCAAAAAAGCAUUCAUCUGCUCUCCUAGUCCCCUUUUUGGUGUUGCUUGCAUUGCGUAAACAGCUCGCGCCUCGCACAAGCCUCUGAUAAUACAGGUCGCCCUUGUUGAUAGUAAUAAUUAUAACCGUCCAUCCCCUUUUUUUUUCUCUUGCCCAUUAAAAUCCUGAAAACAAAAUGUCAAACAUAACUUUUGUUGACCCGUCGCCCGUCUAAUUUUUGCUGUGGGAGACAUUCCAAAUUUCAAAUCACACUGCGUAACAAAUAAGGAAAUGAGAAAGCAUAAACUCCAAAUCCAAAGGCAAAAAAGGGUAUCCAUGGAACAUCCGUGGGUCAGGGGAAUCGGCAAGUCGGAAAACGAAGAAUCAAAACACUAGGUAAUGUACAGUCCGAAUGGGCCGUUCCGCGGGGUUGGGCUCUCGGGUCCUUGGGCUGGAACCGGUAAGAGAUGACAUAGGAAAUAACAUAGGAAAAGAUAAUAAAUAAUAGAAAUUGGUCCAGAUCCUCGGGAUGGUUGUCCAAAAUGGGCACGGAGAAAGAUCCGAUCAGACUACGAGGGGCAUUGUCCUUCUAGAUGGUUGGGUUCUGAAGGAUGUCCUCACAGUUGGCAUCAAAGCGGAAGUUGAAGAGGCGGACGCCCUGCAUGAACUUGUCUGUACGGGGCCCUUCGCGCUCUCGCCCAAAGAGGGUGUCGACAAACUCAACACCAGACGUCUUACCGAGGCCGGUCUGACGCUUCUUGGCAACCUUGAGCAUGGGGGCCUCGCAAGAUCGAAGAAUGGCGCGGAGCUUCUCCAUCAGACGCUCACCAGCCUCGACAAAAGUGAGCAUUAUCUCUUUGUUUUCUUUGGAGCGGACAACGCCUAGGAUUUCUUCAGCACGCUUUACCUUGCCUGAAAGUUGGAUAAGCAGAAGCCAUAGCUCGCCAGCCAUUUCGGAAAUGGGGGCGACAGGGCCUUCACUAUAAACGGUCCAGUCAUAGAUCCACUUCCCGAGGCUGUUGGCAUCAAAGACACUUCCCAAAAGAAGGAUUGGCUGCUCAUUAGGGUCCCAGUUCUUGAGUGAAUAACCCGUUGGGAUCUUGUGGAGCUUAGCAUCCUCUUCAGUGGCCUUGCGAGGAGUCGCAGUCGGUGCAGGUGCGGGCUUGACAGGUUCAACCUUGGCAGGUUUGGAGCUAGAUGCGGGACGGGCCGUGGAGGGGCGCUGGGGUCCAGAAGUAGAAGCACGGCGAGAUCGAGUCUGGUUGGCCGUGGGUGGGCGAGCCUUGGAGGAGUUUGGUGGUCUAGACUCAGUUCGCGACUCCUGCUGUACCUGCGCACGAGGAGACUGGUGAACACGUGGAGACUGGUGAACCUUGGCAGCAGGCUUGCUGGGGGUAGUGGCUACCGAAGCAGGAGCUGGGGCAAAGUUGGGUGCAUAGGCGGGAUAGUCGUAGUCGUAAGGAUAGUAAGACGUCUGCUUGUGACCAUCAUGAUUAGUGCUCCAUCCUCCCUCAUGUUGAUGACCAAGAGAAUGCCUAGCCUGGCGACCACUGGAACGCGACUGAGCUAGCAAGACAAAUGUGCCUGCCUGCGUCUCGAUGAUUUCGUCCUCGUCGGAUUCUCCGUAUGGGGUCGAAGAGCGAACGUAGGAGGCAUACGAGUUGCGGCGACUGCGCCGAGCGCUGUUGGAAUCGGACUGCGACGGGUGGAAAAGGCGGCGAGACGACGACGACGACGGGAAAUCAUUAGCACUCACAUCUACCGUGGCAUACUCCCCGGAACUGUUGUAGCGUGGAGAAUCUCUAGCAGGCCGGGGUGUGUAGGUGGACUGCUGGGAGUAGCUGGAAGAUCUGGUGUGCCCUGCGCGUGUGGAAGAUCGUCGAGGGGUCGAGUCGAGCCAGGUUUGACGGGGAGAAGGAGUCGGGGUGGCGGAAGUCAUGCGAGAGUACUCCCAGUCACGGCCGGGAGUAGAUCCAGGAGUUCGUGGUGAGAAGCUCAUGAUUGUAUAUGAUGUGGUGGUGGAUUGUGGUGAUUUUUUAUUGGUGAUAUAUGUGAAAUGUUGUGGGAUGUCGCUGUGACAUCAAAGCCGAGUUGGAAAUCAAAAUCGGACUGGUGGUUGGCUCCCCGUCGGAACCUUGAGGUAGUAGAGAAAUGGUGCGAGUGGCUAUUCAGUAGCGGUUGUAGUCAUGCGCAGUAGCGAGCCAAAAUGGCAGUGGGUGUUGGUUAUUCACCGCGGUGGUUGGUCUGAUGUUGAUGGAUGUGGGAAAAAGCUUGCUCUGUUAAACAUGACCGGGUGUGUGGUGAAUUGUUAUAUAGAUUUUCCUCGAACGGAGUGGCGAGGAAGAUCUAUAUCAAGUUGAAUGAUUAGACCAGGUCCUAGGAGCUAGAACUUGGGCUAUUAGUAGAUUUGCUGUGGUGCUGGUAACGUUUGAACCAGCGUGGCGACUUCAAGUGUCGUCGUGAGGAUGGUCGUGUAAAUCAGGUGACGCCUCGCAGAACAAGUGCAAGGAGCAGUGCAGGCUGAAGUGGGCAAAAACAACAAGGCACGUCUUUUUAGAAAAGAGUGUGCCUGUGAUAGGGCUGAGUGGCAAAGUGGUGAUGAAUAUGCUGUUCCGUUGGCAGAAAGCCAAAAUGGUGAAGAGUCAAGUCAGAAGCAUGAGAGAAGAGGUUGGGCAAAGGAGAUAUACAAGUAGGAAAUUUGGGGUGUGGGUGUGGGCGAAUGCCAUUCACAGCAUAACAGGGAUGGGGGCGUGGGUGGCUGGGGUGUGUGCUUUUGUGCAACCUCUUCCAUUUUGUUAUUUCCUUUUCCUGUGCCUCUUUUUUUUUUUU